GCUGGGUCUGGGAACAGGCGCCGGCCCCAGGCCAUGGCUGCGCCGGGCAGGGGGCCGCGGGGAGGCCGCCCCACGGGCGCCAGAGCCGCAGCCCGGGCAGAGUGCAGCGAUCCCCGCGCGAGUGCCGGGGAAGGGCCAGCAGCCUUCAGCCUCCCCGCCUGGAGGGGCCCUGAGGCUGCGGGGUGGGAAGGGCCAGCAGUCCCUUGCCGUGGUGCCUGCGUGGGCUUCGCUGAGGCGGGUGUGGGGCCAGGCCAGCGGCUCCCGCUCUUGGCGCUGCGUCAGAUUUUAUGCCCGUCUGUAGUUACUUGGGGAAUACUUCCGUUGUUUCAGGUGUUCUUCAAAGCCCGGGCACCUCCUCUCGCCUGGAGGAUCAGGCUUGACAGCAACGUCCUGUGUGCCUGUCUGCCAGGGAGGCCGCCUCCUCUAAACUCAACUCUCACCCUCCUGGCAGCCACAGGAGGGCCUUUCAGAAAAUGAUCACUUAUUUGAAUCCUGGAUACAAAUUGAUGGAAAGAGGCCACAAGGAAAAGUAAGCAGCUAUAUAGCUGAUUAAACCUGUUUAUCUCAGCAUGGAUCGAUCUAGGUCUCGUUUGCGGGGAGGUGAUGAACAAGCCUCUCCCCUAGAACACAGUCAUGGUGAAGAGGAGAGACAGUGGCAGCAGGAGCGCCUUAGCAGAGAAGAGGCCUAUUACCAAUUCAUUAAUGAACUCAGUGAUGAAGACUACAGGUUAAUGAGAGACCACAAUCUUUUUGGCACUCCUGGAGAAAUAACAGCAGAAGAGCUACAGCAACGUCUAGAGGGGGCAAAGGAGCAUCUAGCAUCCCAAACUGAUGUAGAAAAUAGGGAAGGUGAAGGAGAAACUGCUGGAGAUUCAGAGGUUCUUGGGGAAAAUUCAAAUGGUGACUCUCUGCUAGAGUGGCUGAACACAUUUCGUCGCACAGGAAAUGCUACCCGCAGUGGACAGAGUGGGAACCAAACUUGGAGAGCUGUGAGUCGGACAAAUCCAAAUAGCGGGGAAUUCCGGUUUAGUCUUGAAAUCAACAUAAAUCAUGAACAUAAUAGUUUUGAAGCUUCUAGUGAUGAAUAUAUGGACAUUUCACACUUGGAUACUAGCACAAUGCAUAUGGACAAUCGACAUCAAAGAGCAGUCAGUCCUAUAGCUACACGAACUAGGAGCAGGACAUCAAGAGAUUCUCAUGGUGAAACUUCUAACACUGCAAGAACCAGAACUGUGAGAAAUUCUGUGGUACAAAGUGCUGAAGAAACCUCUUCUCCUGUCUUGGGAAGGCUCAGAAGAAGAACUAGGGAGUCAACAGGCCUUUACAGAACAAGAAGCACAGCACAUAAUAUUUCUUCAGAUACUGGUGAACACAGUGUUGUUAGGCGAAGAGAAAUACAAGAAACAGUCACAUCCACUGAUCUCCAGAGAGGUAGAGCUAGAGCUAAUGUUCAGAUGAGUACAAGACAAAGACUAGGAAUUCUAAGGUUAAGAUCUACCUUGAGUAGUCGAAGCCGUUCUCCAUUGCAAAGACAAGAUGGCUCUACUAAUUCUGAGGAGCAAAGUCUGAGGCAAAGUAGGAAUUUACAGCAAAUCUCUAGAAGGUCUACUAGGAGAUAUACAGCUCAGCCUCCCUCUGAGCCAGAUGAACAAACAGUAGGUAGCACACAGACGCCACAAUUUUUUAGUUCAGCCCCAACAUUAGGAAUAACAUUGGAAGAGGAUGAAUCUAGUAGAUCAACAGCUGCAGUUAGAAGACAUCCAACUAUUACACUAGAUCUUCAGGUAAGAAGAAUUCGUCCUGGGGAAAAUAGAGAUAGGGAGAGUAUUGCUAGUAGAACACGCUCUAGAGUGGGAAUAGCAGAAAACACAGUUACUUUCGAAAGUGAUAGUGGUGGAUUUCGCCGUACAAUUUCCCGAUCAGAACGUGCAGGUAUACGAACCUACGUUAGCACUAUACGGAUCCCUCUUCGUAGAAUUUCAGAAACUGGUGUUGGUGAACCUUCAUCAGUGGCUCUUCGAUCAAUUCUAAGGCAAAUUAUGACUGGUUUUGGAGAACUAAGCUCCUUAAUGGAGACUGAAUCAAAUUCAGAAAUUCAGAGGGGCAGUCAGCACUUAUUAGAUAUACAAUCAGAGUUGAAUAACUCUCACACAGUAAAUGAUGAUAGUGAAUUAAGUGAGACUUCAGUUAGGCAUAGAUAUGUUGAAGAAGGUAGUAGUGAAACAAAUGGAGAGAAUGAUGGGACUCAACAUUAUAGUCUCAAUAAUGAAAAUCGGGAAAGCAGACAGUCUCAAGAGGCAAACAACUUGGUUGAAAAUGGAACACUGCCCAUUCUUCGUCUUGCACAUUUCUUCUUGCUAAAUGAAGAUGAUGACGACGAGCACUUGAGAGGUUUAACCAAAGAGCAGAUUGACAAUCUGUCUACCCGGAACUAUGGGGACAGCCACACAGAGAGUGAAAUAAGUAAAACAUGUAGUGUUUGUAUCAACGAAUAUGUAACCGGGAACAAGCUAAGGCAGUUACCAUGCAUGCAUGAGUUUCAUGUUCAUUGUAUUGAUCGCUGGCUUUCUGAAAAUUCUACUUGCCCAAUUUGUCGGCAGCCUGUAUUAGGGACUAACACAGCAGACAAUGGAUAAAGUUAUUUAUAUUGUUUAGUAUUCAAUGAAUUGCUAUAUUUAUGGUGAGCCAAAUAGGAUGAAUUAUAAUUUGGAUAAAGGUACAUUUGUGUGGAGAUUUUUGUUUGACUUGUUUAAAGAUACAAUAUAGGAAAGUUGCCUAAACUUAGUGUAAAUACUAUGUUUCUCCUUCCAAAGCGCAGAUCUAGUAGUAUGUGUAGAGCCAAAUGGUCUUAAUAAAAUUUAUAUUUUUUUAGGUAAUAUUUUUAUGCUAAGCACUUUUGUAUAUAUAGAAAUGUAAUAGUUAAUCAGUCCUGCUAAAUGUAUGUUUGUUUUUAACAGUGGACUCACUUUAUUUAGAUUACACAUAGUUUCACACAGGCUUGCUACUGUGUUGAGAAAUUGGUGUCUAAAUAGCCAUUCAUUAGCUUUUUGUUCUAAGAACAAUUUCUUUUACAGAAGGAUAUCUUGCUGGACAUGUUUGCUAAAGAUAUUUAAGUUACUUGAAAUGCUCAAUUUAAUACACAGUAUAUUUUUUUAAUAUUGAAAUAUCCUUUCUGAAAACCUGCAAGUUUGGUUCUAUUUAAGCUUCUUUAUAGCAAUUUUUGCAUGUGGUUUUACACAAUGCUUAAUGUUGACAAGUUCUUAUUUGAAAGUGGAUUGGAUUAGUGACAUUUUGAAAUGUACAUAAUUCUAUGCAGUGUCUCUGACAGUUGUUGUCUUCCAACAGACAGCAGUCAGAUCAGUCAAAAUGACAAUUCUAAGAAUGCCUGCCUCAUUUGAACAUAAACACUUGUUGAAAAAAUAAUAAACGUUUAAGAAGCUUUUA